AUGAGGCUGAAACCCCACGAAAAGGUUCCGAAGUUUGGUAGCGAGAAAUUAAUCCUUGCCGAGCACAUUGACAAUUAUUUCUGCCCACUCGAUGUGCUCGUCAAUUCAAAAUUCUUGUAUGCGAAAGAGGGGUCUAGACAACAUAUACAAGAUCACGUCCUCAAUGCAAGGGACCUGAUUAGAAUACUGUCCAAUGCCAUUGCAGUGAAAGCAUAUCAUCUCCACCAAGACAUAAGAACAAGUGCAUACUCGCAAAAGUCUACUCUAAGUGACCUUCAAAACGCAGGUGCCACCAAAAAGCUCAAGCCCCUCGCUGGCUUACACCCUGACAUCUAUUUGGCACGGCAUUUGUUCACUCUAUUUCAAGCAACACGGAAAGAGUGUUCACUCAGCCCCCAGUUAAUUGCUAAAAUACUCUUCGCAACGGCACGCCCAAAUUGGUCAAUGUGCGGUCGAAAAAUUACCCACGAAUAA